GAGGCCGAGCCCCCGUCGCUUAGCAACGUGCGAGUUACAGUCGCCGAGCUUUGCGCGCCCUUUUCCUGGCGGGGCUGCGUCCCUGUUCUUCCCAGGAGGCUCCUCGCUGCCUGGUGCCGCAGAGGCCCAUGGAGGGAAAGGAAGAUAAGCAUCAACAGCAUAAAAUAGAGGAUGCUGCUAUAGCAUAUGUAACUGAAAAUGAAGAAAUUAAACACGAAAAAAAACCUGGAAAAAGCAUACAUCAUUCAAAACCACGUGUUGGAAGAGGACGUAUAUAUUAUGCUAAAUUCAUUAACACAAAUGCAAGAACAUACAAUGAACCAGUUCCCUACAUAGAUCCCAAAAAAGGGCCAGAAAUACAGGGUGACUGGUGGUCACAUGGUAAAGCACUGGAACCUGUCUUCCUACCACCUUAUGACUCUAAGAGCACCCAGAGGAGUGACUUCCAAAAACCAUCGUGUCCACUGGUUUUGCCAGUCAAACACAGCAAGACGCAAAAGCCUUCUUGUGGAAUAGUACCACUUGCCUCUCCUGGUACAUCAGCAGAACUUCAAAACAAUUUUAUAGAAUACAUCUCUUUUACACAUCAAUAUGACGCCAGAAAAACUCCGAAUGAGCCUCUCCAGGGAAAGAGACACGGAGCUUUUGUACAGAGAGAGAUAAAACCAGGGAGUAGGCCAACAGUUCCUAAAGGAACAGAGGUAUUACUGAAUGCUCCAGGGUCACAUUCAUCAGAACAGUCCAAAAAAACAGAGAAAGGAAACUCAGCGGAAAGCAGAAUGAUCUCACCAGGUCUCUGCCAACAAAAUUCCCAAGAGCUGUUAGAGCCUAAAACUCACUUAUCAGAAACAGACGUCAGACAGGCAGCCAAGGCAUGCCCCAGCAGUCCUGAGAGCAGAGAAAAGACGGCAGGCGCCACUCAAACAACUGUAGGAGAUGCUCUUUUCACUAGGCACAAGCCUUUAAAUCCACCAGUUAAAAAAUCAGAAUAAAUUACCUUCUUCAGGUAAAAAUCUAAUCCCUGGAAUAUAGGGAAAUUUCACAAUCAUCAUCUUGGCCCUUACAUUUACUUUUCUGUUAUCAGUAACUUCAGAACAUACAAUUUAUGUAAAUAGAAAAAGAGAAAAAAGACAAUUAAAAUACAACCAAAUGUUAUUAAUAAGAGUGGUCUCCAAUAAGUGGAGUGAGACAUUAUUUCUAUGUCACAUUCUUUAUAAACACAACUUUGUUUUGCACAACAAAUGAUCGUAAUUAACAAAUAUAAUAAGACUUAGAAGACAGGCCCUGUUCGACAUGAGUGACAGCUUUGGAAUCAAACAAACUAGAGUUGGAAUGUUGGCUUCACUUCAUUCCUUGAGCUGUGUGACCUUGGGUAAGUAACUUAACCUCUCUAGACUUCAGUUUUCUCAACUGUAAAAUUAGGAAAAUAGCAACUUCGUAAGAUUAUUGAGGAUGUGAUUAUGCACAUUGAUCAGUAAGUGGUCAAUGUAAUCAUAUCAUCACUGCUACUAUAAUUCAAUUUUCAAUUUAAGGAUAAUGUUCUCUUAUAUAUUUAAUUUUUCCUCAUUAUUCUAAAACUUAGAACUCCUCCAUAUAAAAUUAAAAGUGUGAAAAUCUAAAAAUACCUCUGCCAGUACAAGAUGCACAGACACAUACACACUUAAUUCAAAGACGUAAGGGUACUUAGAAUAUUGAAGUAUUUUCUAAAUUGUUUUCUAUUUUACUCAGAUCAUUUCUAGCACCAACUCAACCUUUGCUUUUUGGAUGAGUUUGGUAAGGAUUAAUUCUACUUCCAAUUUGGUGUGUUUGGUGUGCCACAAUAUAUCUAUUACAAGAUAUGUUAUAUUGCAUACAAGUGGAAGUAGGUGGAGUAUUCCUCUGUGAUAAAGAGUAUUUACAAAUUUCCAUGGGGAAAUAUCAGCUGCUCACUAUUAUCUGCAGUAUUGAUAAGACUACAGCUAUAUCUUUAUCCCUUUAUUCUCCAUUAAAGAAAUUGUGAUAAACUGCAAAAUAAUGAAUGUCAUUAUAUUUUUUUGUGUUGGGGACUUCUAGUUCUUGCCACAUGUAUAUCUCCAAUAUAUAUCUUGGAGAUCUUUCCUUGUCAACACAUGUAGGCAACCUUGUUAUUUUAAUAGCUCCAUAGUCUUCAAUAGCAUAGGUAUACUACUAUAAAAUUGGAAAAAUAAGAAUGCAAGUUUUGGUAUGAGGGCAGGGAAGGGAGAGGUUGUUAGCAUGUUUGGAAAAAGAUCUUAAAGCCUAGGGUCUUGAAUUUUUAUCCUCAUUGGAACAGGGAUGGAACCUUAUGUCCUCCAAAGUAGAAAGAUAGAAUUGAAAUCUGCAUAAAGCUAGAACUCUCGAAUGGCUGGCCUGUCAGUGCAAGGCAGACUCCACUCCACUCAUAUAACCAGAAGAUAGCAAGAAAAUUUGCCUCUGCCUGGAGCUAUGGAUAGUGAAUAAACUCCUUGUGAAAAAGUAAAACCCCAAGCUUGUACCACGCUCCAGUUAGGAAUAUGAAUUUACAUGUAAGACUUCUCUUAGGACACAAAACGAAAAAAUCCUCUAGUGAUGCCACCGAAGGGCCUGACAAAAGCAAAUGCAAACCCUCCCUGGAGAGAGUUUCAUGAUCAACACAAAAAAGGAAUCCCUGCUAAAGAUAGUCACCAACAAAAAUUACAAAUCACACCAAGAAGAAAACCAAACUGAGCAAGAGUCUGCAGUACAAAAGAAUGACUAUAAUUUCAGAACUGGAGAUAAAAGAAUUAAAACAUGUAACUUCAAAACUGGAGAUAAAAGAAUUAAAAUACUUUC